CAAUUAAAUGACCUCUUUAUUGUAGACAACAGGACAAUGAAGUGUUAAAAGUUGAUAAGUUGUUCUCUCUCUCUCUCUCGCAGGAGUGAAGACUGAAGACGAGGAGGGACUCAGGAGAAGUGAAAUGGAAAGGAAAGAGACCGGUCAUCCUUUGCUGCAAGGAGGUAGGAGAAGAAGUGGCUAUUCUCAUGGUUUUUCUUCAGCUCAGAUCCAAUCACUUGCUGCCAUCUGUGAAACUUUUGUCCCUCCCCUGCCACUUGAUGAUGAAUUUGGUGACAAGCAGGAUUCGGCUGCCCUUGCUGCUUUCUACAAAGCAUCAGGGGCUGAGCCCCCGGUUCCUGAUGAGGUAGCAGAGUUUCUGGUGAAGAGGGGUCAACCCAAAGCUGUCUCCUUCGUUAAACUUGUUCUGACACUAGUCUCCUUCAGAUUGGGGACAUUGCUGCUCUGUGGCUGGGAUUGCUGUGACUGGAAAUGGCCAUUCAUUCACAAGUUUUCAGAAAUUCCGGUGGAGAGGAGAGAAAAAAUCCUCUUCAAGUGGUCGAGGAAAGUGCAUCCUUUACCUCUAAGGGCUGUUUUUGCAUUGAUCAAAACCUACUGCUUGUUCAUCUUCUUCUCCAUGACCGAUGAGAAUUCCGGAAACCCAGCAUGGAAAGCAAUAGGAUACCAAGUAGACAACAGGCCGAAAAAGGCAUAUCCUCAAGGGCGACCACUUCAAAAGGGUAUCAUAGAAACGAUGCAUGAAGAUGACUCAACCUUUGUCCAAUCUCUCACUGAAAAAGGCCUUCAAGUCAUGGAGGAUCCAGAGCACAACGUUUACAAGGUCAAAUGUGACGUAGUGAUAGUUGGUUCCGGUUGUGGAGGAGGGGUUGCUGCAGCAGUUCUUGCAAGCUCUGGCCAGAAGGUGGUUGUUAUUGAGAAAGGCAACUAUUUUGCACCACAAGACUAUACUUCUCUAGAAGGUCCUUCUAUGUCUGAGCUUUACGAGUCGGGGGGGUUUUUGACAACCAUGAACGGGAAAGUUAUGAUCAUGGCUGGGUCAACAGUUGGAGGAGGCACGGCUAUUAAUUGGUCUGCCUCAAUUAAAACACCAAAGAAUGUUCUCAGAGAGUGGUGUGUGGAUCACAAGAUUCCCUUGUUUGGGAGCUCAGAGUAUGAAAUUGCAAUGGAUGCUGUGCGCAAGAGGAUCGGCGUUACAGAAAAUUGUACGGAAGAAGGAUUCCAAAAUCAAGUUCUUAGAAAAGGGUGUGAGAAGCUUGGUUUGAAAGUCGAGGCAGUUCCAAGGAAUGCCGCAGAGAAUCAUUACUGUGGUUCUUGUAAUUUAGGGUGUAGAACAGGAGACAAGAAAGGAACUGCUUCUACUUGGCUGGUUGAUGCCGUGGGCUGCGGUGCUGUGAUCCUGACAGCCUGCAAAGCUGACAAGUUCAUAUUGGUGAAUAAUAACGAUGCAAGCAGAAGAAAGAAAUGCCUGGGUGUGAUUGCAACAUCUUGGAACAAAAAAUUGACCAAAAAGCUGCAUAUUGAGGCAAAAGCUACAGUUUCAGCUUGUGGGUCUCUCUUGACUCCUCCUCUGAUGAUCUCUAGUGGGUUAAAGAAUCCAAAUAUUGGGAGGAAUCUUCAUUUGCAUCCAGUGCUAGUGGCUUGGGGAUACUUUCCAGAAGACGCAUCAGGAAUAAAAGGCAAAAUGUACGAGGGCGGAAUCAUCACUUCAUUCCAUAAGGUUGUUUCAGAAGAAACCAACGUCCGUGCAAUUAUCCAAACUCCUGCACUUGGACCAGCCUCAGUGGCAGCAUUAUCUCCAUGGGUUUCAGGAAGUGAGCUCAAGGAAAGAAUGGUCAGGUAUCCCAGGUUGGCUCACCUUUUCACGUUGAUCAGAGACCAGGGUUCAGGGGAAGUAAUGGAAGAAGGUAAGAUCAGGUAUCGGUUCAGUGAAAUGGAUAAAGAGAAUCUUAAGAUUGGGUUGAGGCAAGUUUUGAGGAUUAUGAUAGCAGCUGGGGCGGUGGAAGUGGGAACCCAUCGUAGCGAUGGGCAGAGAAUCAAAUGCAAAGGUCUUACGGAGGAAAGCUUGCAGGAGUUUUUGGAUGAUGUUCCAGUAGUAGGAGGUCUUAGUUCCAAGGAGGAGUACUGGACCAUGUACUUUUCUGCUCAUCAGAUGGGAAGUUGUAGAAUGGGUGCCACCCAGGAAGAAGGUGCCGUAGAUGAGAAUGGUCAAAGUUGGGAAGCGGAAGGUUUAUUCGUGUGCGACGCAAGUGUCCUGCCAACCGCAAUUGGCGUCAAUCCCAUGCUCACCAUUCAAUCCACCUCCUACUGCAUUUCAAACAAGAUUGCAGAUUUGUUAAACGAGGAAUAAACCUUUGCCCAAAGCAGUCUGACCAAUUUCCUCGCAUAUAAUUCAGCUGUCAUACAAGGAUUCUCAAUAAGCUAUGAUCUUUAAUACAAGGAAUCACAAUAAAUUAUUCAUCUUAUAGCUUGUCGUAA